GCAUGCACCGAUCCAAGCUUUUCGCCUCAGGUCUACUCGUCAUCGCUCUGUUCCCACUUCGUUUUCUGAACAUUCCCUGUAAUUACGAGAAUCAAAUCAAUCGAAUCCAAAAAGUCCAAGAAAGAAGAAAGUGGAAAGGAGUGGAGACCAGCCCAGGCAGGGAAUGGAAGACAGUGGAAAGUGGAAAGCUCGACCCAAACGGAGCAGAGCAGCGUAGAAGUUGCUGGAUCGUCGUAGAAGAAAAUUCCAUGAACAACUUUCUUUCUUUUUCUCCCCCUCCUUCCCCCACCGAUCUCUUUUUCUUCCUUCACUUCUUCACUUCCCUCUCUCCAUCUCCAUCCAUCUCUCUCUCUGCUGUUUAAGCAGAUCUCUCAUUCCAUUCUCAAUUCCCUUCUUACUCUCUUCCUCUUGAACCUUACACUUUUCUAGAUCCUUGUAAGUUAGCUCGUGGUCGCUUUUUCCCCUCAUUCUCCACCGCCUUUUUGGUUGGAGCUAUCUUUUUCUUUCUUUGUCUGGGUAUCCAGGGGAAGGAUGAGAAACAGGACCGAGAAGAAGAAAGAAAGAAUAAAGAAAGAAUUGUGAAGCAGGAGAAGAAAGAAAAGGAAAAGGAAAAAAA